CAGUGCACUGGCUGCCUCGGCGAAGCCACCAUGACAAAUCCAAAGCACGUGGCAAGCGGCAAACUUGACAAUGAUUACAGUCUCCAGCUGAAUCGAUGGUUCCUAAAGCCGAUCGGUGCUUGGCCGUGCAUUGUAUCGAGAACGACAUGGACGAUCUUCUUGCCACUGCAGAUUGUCAUUUCCUGGAUCAUCGUGGCGAUCAUUACGGUACCAUGUCUGUUACACGUGUUGUUCGAGGUGAAGGACAUCCAGACGAGAUUGCAUGUCAUUGGUCCACUGCUUCACAGGCUGAUAGGCUGGGUGAAUUACUGGACGCUGCUCAACUGCAGUGACGACAUCCGCAAUUGCAUAUUGCACAUGGAGACGGAUUGGAAGACCAUGCGAAAGACCGAGGACCGUGAAGUGAUGCUGCAAUACGCCAAAUUCGGUCGCUUCCUCGCGAUCGUCUGCGGUCUGAUCAUGCAUGGCGGCACAUUGCUGUUCAGUAUAGUCAAGUCGAUAAAAACUAUCACUGUUACCAUUGGCAAUGAGACCUUUUUGACGCAUCCGAUGACAUGUCCGAGUUACAGCAAGAUCAUUGAUACUAGACUCAGUCCCGUGAACGAAAUCGCGAUUGUCAUGCAAUUUACAUCGACAUUAAUAGUGAGUUCCGCUACCGUUGGUGCUUGCAGUCUGACUGCCGUCUUCGCAAUGCACGCUUGCGGUCAGUUGAAUUUGUUAUACUCGCAGUUGAAUAAACUUGUUGAGGAUCAGGAGAAGGAAAACUAUAUAGCGGAACGAAGAUUGGCCAGUAUCGUGAGCCAUCACUUAAGAGUAUUGAGUUUUAUAUCACGUGUGGAGAGUAUUAUACAUAAAAUUGCUCUGGUGGAGUUGGUAGGAUCCACGAUAGCUAUGUGCUUAGUUGGAUAUUACAUUAUUCUGGAUUUGAACGCGCUUAACAAAGCGAAAUUAAUAUCUGACUUUAUUGUAUAUGUAUCGCUGGCUUUCAACAGUUUUAUAUUUUGUUAUAUUGGAGAGACUCUCACAGAACAGUGUAAACGUGUCGGAGAAAUAGCAUAUAUGACUAAUUGGUAUAAAUUACAUCAUAAAACUGCAUUGAAUCUCGUUUUGAUUAUUGCACAAUCGAAUAACGUAAUCAAACUCACCGCGGGAAAAUUAUUUCAAUUGUCUAUGACAACUUUUGGCGAUGUAAUUAAAACUUCCACAGUAUAUUUAAAUCUCUUGCGAAGGACUAUAUAACUAUAUAAAACUAUAUAAAAUAUAAUAAAUUAAGAAAUAUGUACGAUAUAUUUUAUACAGAACAAAUGAUAAAAUAUAUCUUCAUGAAGCUUAUCGCGAUAAACGAUUAUCGAUCGGAUGUGUGUAGCGUUUUUUGGGGGAAGCUACAAUUAGACUAUUAAUCAAACUUUUUAGAAGGUUGAUACAGGCGUCUCAAACUUUACUCGUAUCGUAUCCCUCUUACGCGGUGGCAAUACACUGUACACUUUCGCGAACCUAUCAUGCCGAGCUUCAAUCAAACGCGUGCCGAGAAACGUAGAACUGAAAAAGUAUAUUGAUUACAGUCUGCAGUUGAAUCGAUGGUUCCUUAUUUUCCUUAUUUGGUCGAUUCCUUAUAAACCAUAAUAAACCAGCUCUAUCAUGAUAAAGUAGCAAAAUUAAUUUUUGAGAUAAACUCGGUGAAAACUCCAUGAUUGUAAAACUUUAGUUACAAUUUUAAUGAAGCAAAGAAUCGAAUUUUCGCUUCCUUUGAUAUCUUUUAGAUCUUUAGAGUCUUAGACGCUCACAGAAAUAUGAGUAAUAAAUAAAUUAAGAAAUCA